AUGCUAACCAGAUACCGCACGUUGGUGACGCGGUUGCUUCGCCAUUCGAAUGCCAAGAUUGGGGCAAAGGUGUUGAGUGAUCCGUCGUUUACGUCUAAGCCAGCAGCUUUUGACAAGAUGAAGUGCAAAUUACCCUUAUCAUCACUUUUAUCCUUUAUUCUGUUUGCUUAUUUCUGUUAUUGUCAUUCAAUCCGGACAACAUCUCAAAAAUAUAUCUACAGUGUCGAUGACUUGACAUUCAGCUCCCCUGCUCAUACCGACAAGUCGGACACAUUGUCUAUUUCGUUUCAAAUCCCUGAAAAGAAACUCGCUGUUCGACUUAACUUACAACGAGACGCGGAGAUUUAUGACCAACCGGUCACGGUUCACCAUGUAAGAUCUGACGGAACGAAAGAUGUUGAGCACGUUGCAGCUGGAGCACAUCUGGCUUACCACGGUACUGUGGAAUCCGAAUUAUCUACACCUGCCGAUUGGACUCGAAUUACGGUUCACGAAAAACACGGCACGCCGCUGCUUGAAGGUGUCAUGACAAUCGGCGGCCAAAUCUUCACCAUUCAAACAGACUACAACUAUCGCAGCAGCCGUCGCAGCGAGGACCCUGGCCUGCCCGAAAAUAAAACGCCUUACAUUAUUCUAUUCACCGAAGCUGAAGAUGCUAAAAAUGGACCGAUGGCACGCCGCAGCAGCGACACUGCUACGUGCAGUAUCGUUGAUCCUACGCUGUUCAGUAACAAUCCCCCCUUGUUCGAAAGCCUCGACGGGUCCAUACUACCUAGACAAUCUGGGGGCGGGCGAGGUCGAUUCGAUCCGCGACAAUUCAUCGGAUCGACGCAGGGUUGUCCGAGACAAAGGCUGAUUGCGUUGAUGGGCAUCGCCGUGGACUGCAAUUAUGCCGCUCAGUUCCAAUCACCAGAUGAUAUUCGCCAACACAUCAUCACACAAAUCAACUCUGCAUCCAGGACGUACGAACAGACAUUCAAUAUUUCGCUCCGUGUGCGCAACAUCACCAUUAGCGAAAGAGCAUGCCCGAGUGGAGGGCCUGUCAACACGUGGAACCAGCCUUGUACUCGCGGCGGCACUAUUGCAGAGAGACUGGAUUCAUUUGCGACAUGGAAACGAUCGUUUCAAGACGAUACUGCUGUGUGGACGAUGCUGACAACAUGCACAUCUGGAACGACAGUCGGCGUGGCUUUCCUCGCGACAACUUGCCAUCAAAGCAUGACGUCAGGCAACAGAUUCGCCCCUAGUGCAUCAGUCAACGUUGUAGCAAGAACAACCGCUGAGUGGCAGGUUAUAGCACAUGAAAUCGGCCACAACUUUGGAGCCUCACAUGACUGCUUAAACGACUGUGGUGAGAGCUCUUGCUGUCCGCUCAGCGCAGAGAUAUGCAAUGCCCGGGGCCGGUUUCUUAUGAAUCCUGCCGUUGGCAACGGUAUAAACUCGUUUUCACCUUGUUCUAUUGGUACGAUAUGCACCAUGAUGGGACAGAGGCUCAUCCAGACCCAAUGCAUGGAGAACAAUGAAAAUGUGCCAGUAGCAUCCACAAAGCAGUGCGGCAAUGGCAUCGUCGAUCCCGGUGAGGACUGCGAUUGUGGUUCGGAGGAGCAGUGUGCCGACAACCGUUGCUGUGACCCGGCUACAUGCCGCUUCCGCCCUGGUGCUGCCUGUGAUACCUCAGCCGGUGGUUGCUGUAAUGAAUCCUGCCAGUUAUCUCCUCAGGGAACAGUCUGUCGCGAGAGUACAGGACUAUGCGACCCAGAAGAGACUUGCACCGGCGACUCUGGCGUAUGCCCCAGGGACAGACUCCUAAGAGAUGGAGAUUCGUGCGGCCUCACCGGCGGCAACACGACAUGCGCCUCUGGCCAGUGCACAUCGAGAGCGCUGCAAUGUGCCAGCCUUCUGGGCCUUGAGUCAAACUCAAGCGUCGCGGUCUGCAAUAGUAACCAGUGCCAAAUGAGCUGCAGGGAGCUAGGUGGUGGCGAUGAGGCUUGCCGAACUACAAACCAGGCGUUUGUAGACGGUACGCCCUGUGAUGAUGGCCUGUGCUACGCUGGUGAGUGUCGCAAGAGUACCAACUCAGUCCCGGGAUGGAUUGAUCGAAACCGCAGCCUAUUUAUCGGUCUCUGCGUUGUAGGAGGCAUCCUGGUCUUUGUUGCACUCUUUGCCUGCUGUGUCUGCUGCCGCCGAGGCAAGCCUGUGAAGGAAGCGAUGCCGAUGCCGUCGCCGCCAAUGACGCCGGUAGAGCAGAGACGUAGAUUCAGCAAUCUGCCACUCAGGUCGACGCCAUCUAUGCAACAGCAGCAGCAGCAACGUUAUAGUGGUCAAAGUCAUGACUGGUCGCCAGUAAUGCACCAACGGUCCAGCGGCGGGAUAUCACCGUCGUCUCCGAUGCAGGACCGCCGGUAUAGUAGGCCACAGAGUUCGCUGCCUCGGUAUGAAUGA